UUUCAAAAGGUACAGAAACUGCUUCCCAAAAAGGGGGGAAUAUUUACUUACUCUGCCAAGUCAGUGCCCAAGUAAAUAGUGCAGUUCCAUGAGUAGAGCCCAGCCCCUGCUCUCUUCUCUCUCUGGGUGCUGCCUGCAGGAUAUAAAAAGGCUCCUGAAGGGACGUCUCACACAGAACACCAGAUCCAGAGACCACCCAGAACCUGCCCUUUCUGCACCAUGAAGCUUGCCAUCACCUUCGUGCUGGCCAUGCUGGCUCUCCACUGCAGCCCUGCAUCUGCAGGCAACAUCUGCCCAGCCUUCGCUCACGUCAUUGAGAGCCUCCUCUUGGGCGUGACCUCCGACUACGAAACGUCCCUGCAGCCCUUCAACCUUGAAGACAGCUUGAAGGACUCAGGGAUGAAGAUGAAGAAAGUGCUGGACACCUUGCCCCAGACGGUCAGAGAGGACAUCAUCAAGCUCACGGAGAAGAUCGUAAAUAGCCCACAAUGUGCUUAGGAUGGGGGAGUUCCAGGCAGACACCCUCCACCUGCCGAAGCCCCUUGCCCCAGCCCACACCCCCUUGACCCUUCCCCUUCCCCCAGCCAGUCCCUGUGUCCUUC